ACGUACCGAACAAAAAAAGAUGGUUCCCCGCUUGUGAAAGCAUUAAUUGAAUUUUCACAAGAAAAACUGGAAAUAAACCAUAGUUUUGUUUAUUAAACGUGAAGUAAAAUAUUGAAAUAGUUUUUGCCUAUUUUAAACUGAAAUAUUGUUGGUCAUAUUUGUGGUUCAGUGAGUUUUUUUGAAUUAACAUAAUGCGUAGACGGAGUGAAAGAAAAAAGUCUACAGAUGUGUCUUCACCAGCCCCGGCAUCACGUCGUACAAAUCGCCGCCGCAAGUCCCAGUCCGUGUCAGAGGAUGACAGGAAUGCGGAAUCUAAUAGUGAAUUAAAAAAUGAAAAACCCCUUGGAGAUGAUGUUGAACAGAGUGGCGGAGAAAGAGAAAGGGAUUCUAGUGAGGAACGAUCAGAAUCUAAACGUAGGCGUAGCUCGCGUAUGAGAACUCCUGUUAAGGAACUGCGUACAAGUCCCGCAAAGCGUCGUACAAAACGUGACACCACACCGGAUAAUAAAAUAAAUACUAUAAUCGAAGAAGAAAAUGGUACGGUUAAUAGUGAAAAUGAAUCCAAUGUGGAGGACAUUGACAAACCACUCAGUAAGAAGCCCGGCAAUGAAGAAGAUGCCAAAGAUGAAGAAAAAAAUAAACAAGCUUCGCCACAAAAGAAAAAUAACAAUGAAGACGACCAAAAAAAAAUAAAUGAAAAAGAAUAUGAUGUUAGUCCUACAAAAGAUGAGGAACCGAAAGAAACCAAGGAAAAUGUCAAUCAAGUCGUUAACGAUGACAAAAACAACAAAGACGAGAAUGAUGAUGAAUCUCGUUCUUCGGUUAAAAGCGACAAAAAUGAAAUUCAUGACAAGGAUGACCAAGAUGAAGUCAAACUUCAUACUCGUGACAAUUCACCACGGUCGCGUAGCAAUAGUAGUGAGAGAAAAGAUCAACAGCAAACCACAAAGAAAUGCGAAAAUGAUAAUGACGAUGACGAACCGGAAGAGGGUGAAGUUGUUGAGAAAGCCAAUAAAACAGAUGACAAAAUCAACCCCAGAACUGAGGUGAGGGAACGCAUUUUGAAACGUCACUCGGUAGAAGGUUCAACAGCAGCUACUAAGGAUGACCCCAAGGAUCAUCACAAGUCGGAGGAGGUAAACAACACUCAAGACGGUAAAACUAAUGAAUCCUCUAAUACUACUGCAGCAGCUGAUACAGGUCGCCACAACGUCAACGCGAAUACGACAACAACCCGCAAACGCCGUUGGAUUACUAAGAAAGCCACUGAGAGCAAAGAACAAAUUCUGGCCAUUUCUACAGAUUCGUUGAAGACUCUCAUUGCCGACGUUCAUCCAGUGCCGUUGAGCGAUGUGCAGUUAGAGUCCUCUUCGGAAGUUGAGGAAUUGGUAUCAGAACGCGAAGAAGGCGAACAGUCACCAACACCGGAGCCGGAGCGACGUCGUGAUUCCGUAGAGAAACUGGAAAAAACCUCCAAACUAGUUAUAAAGUCUUUAAAAGAAAACAAUCGCCAAGUUCAGGUUGUUCCAGGUGUUGGUGCUGUACCCGCCUCCAUACAACGUUCCCCUAGUCCGGCCCGAAAUCAAUCCAGCAGUGUCUUGUACAUAACAAAUUUAGUACGCCCUUUUACUGUUUUGCAGUUAAAGGGUUUACUCGUACGUACGGGUAAAAUCGUUGAAAAUGGCUUUUGGAUCGAUCGCAUUAAAUCCAAAUGCUAUGUCGAAUACGAAACGGAGGAUCAAGCCAUUGAAACCCGCCAUGCAUUACAUGGUGUACGCUGGCCUGCUUCGAAUCCAAAAUGUUUAAAUGUUGAUUUUGGUAUCAAAAAUGAUAUGCUUAAAGCUAUCGAGUCAACUAAAGAAGAUGCGCCUAAAUUUGGGCAAGAAACUAAUAAAGACAACCUUUUAGUUGGAUCGGGCUGGAGUAGGGAGCGUCAUGAAGAUGAUAAAAAGGGCUCUCGACCAGUGCGCGAAUGGGAUGUUGGUAAGAAGGAGAAUUUGGAUCGUGAGAAGGUAACCAGAGAUGUGGAUAGACGACGGGAACGCAGCCGUGAUCGCAGUCGAGAUCGUAGCAGGGAACGUAAUAGCAGGGAUCGCAACAUGUCCAGAAACCGAGAAAAUGAAAGAAUUGACCGGGAAAAGGAACGCAGACAAAGACGUGAAAGAGAUAUUCGAAGUAACACCUUAUCACCAGUGCGAAAACAAAAGAAAAAGGAAGAUCCCCCAUUAAGACUAUUAGACGAUCUAUUUCGUAAGACUAAAGCCACACCAUGUAUUUAUUGGCUACCAUUAACACCAGAACAGAUUGCUGAAAAGGAAAUACUCCGUCAAAAACGUUUAGAAGAGCAAAAGCAACGUCUUAAGCAACGGGAAUUGGAACGAGAAAAAGAGCGCGAAAGAGAACGCAACCGACAAAGUGACCGUGACAGGGAUAGAGAUCAUCGUCGCAGCAACAGAUCCAGUGAUAGACGGCGUUCACGUAGCCGUGAUCGACGUCGUUAUUAAGGUGGCGGUAUUUAUUUUUAUUGCAGAUCACAUUUUAUCAUCAAAUUUCUACUUGAUGUUAUAUAAUUAUCAAAUAUGGUUUUUUAGGCUGAUGCACACACAUAAAGUAACAUCGUAUUUUUCCCAUCUUCAGAAGAAAACAUACAUAGUUCAAACCUCUCAAUAAUAAUUGCGAUAUAAGAACAAAAUCGACAAUUAUUAUACACAUGUAUAGACAUAAAUUUUGCUUAGUAUUUGAGAACUUAAAGCAAAACUUUUACCAAAUUAUAUUUCAAUAUUAAGCAAUGAGUAAAGUAAUAUUUAUUGAAAUAUUUUUAUUUUAUGUACAAACAAUAAUUUUCGCAAAUUUCCCUAAAAAUAUGUAUAUUUUACGUUAAAAAUAUUUCAAUUAAUAUUUUCUUAUUGUUGCGCUAUUACAAAUGUUAGGGUUUUUUCUAAUUUCAAAAAAAAGAAUUCUUUCUUUUUUCCUUUACAAAUAUUUGUAGUAUAUUAUUUAAAUUUUUUUUAUACAUUUAUUUAAAAAUGUGUUUUGUUUUUAAUAUUUUUUGUUUUUCUUUUAUUAAAAAAAAUUGAUCUUAAGAACUUUUCUAGCAUCCUCCACAUAUAAAAAUAACCCGAUCUGCCAACCUUAUCUAAAAUUCUAACAGCCACGUUUGUCACGACCAAUGUUGCCUCGAUAACGCUGGGACACUUAAUCGAUAUAUUCUCAACAGCAGCCUUCUUCUAUACUAUGCUAAAUCAUCAACAACAUUCAGCAAACAAUUGAAAUAAAACCUAAACUACAAAGUCCAUUGUGUGUAUUCAUUUAACCACUUAAAUUUGGUUUAAACAAGUAAUAACGAGUUGGACUGCAAAAAUUUCAUCGUGAAACAAUUUAUAUAUACACAAUACAUACAAUAAUAUAUGUAAUAAUAUAUCAGCAAAAAUUAAUUACAAAAAUAUCUGAAACAAAGAAAACUGAUGUAAAGAAAUAUAACAUACAUCAACUGCAAUUGCAAACAUUUUUAAUACAUUAGAGUACUUUUCGAAUACAUUUCGAUUUAUUAAUGUUUAUGUCAACCAAUUAAUAGAAAUAAAAAAAUUACAUACCAAUAAUAA